GCAACUAUAACUCAGCAUUAUGGGGCAGAAAAUAUUAAUCGUUCAUCAUCAGCAUUAAUCAUAGAGAAUAGACCCAUCUUGAUAUAUUUCUUAGGAAUAGAGUCACCAGAAAGACGUGCUGAAGCAAGAUAUUGCAACAUUUCCACAGUUUCUCCAUUUUCAGCGAAUGAUAAAUUUCGAGCUACCCAAAAUAGCAUAACUCUGAAUAAAACCCGCUAUAAGUUGUGGGAUUCACCCCACGUUAGAAGCAGGCCACUCAAAUUACGUGUAUGA